UUCUUCUUCUUCUUCUCUGUUUCUUCUUUUUCUUGGUUUCUGCUUUCGUGUCGUCGUCGUCACUAUUUGAAUCUGAUUUUUGUCUCUCUGUUUCUUUCUCUAUUCUAUCUUCUUCCCCGAAUCCGAUUCUCUCUCACGUUUUUUGGAUUUUUUUUCAAAUCUCAACGGGAAGCAUCCUCUCAUUCUCCAUGCUUCUCAAAUUUUGAAUCUCGAGCUCUGUCGUUUAGUGACAAUUGGGGAUUUUCUUCAGCUCCGAUUCACCCAAUUUUUUUUUUCCGAUCGAUUCAGCAGAUUCGAUUCUGGAUUUUUCAACGGAUUCGAGUAGAAUAUGGCCAAGCGUGGAUAUAAACUCCAGGAGUUUUUGGCACAUUCUGCAAAUGUGAAUUGUUUAAGUAUCGGAAAGAAGACAUCGCGGCUCUUUAUAACUGGUGGUGAUGAUUAUAAAGUCAACCUUUGGGCUAUCGGCAAGCCUACUUCUUUAAUGAGUCUAUGUGGACAUACUAGUGCAGUGGAUUCAGUAGCUUUUGACUCCGCAGAAGUUUUGGUGCUUGCUGGAGCUUCUUCGGGUGUGAUCAAGCUCUGGGAUGUAGAAGAAGCAAAGAUGGUUCGAGCUUUUACUGGACAUAGAUCCAAUUGUUCUGCUGUUGAAUUUCAUCCCUUUGGUGAAUUUUUGGCAUCGGGGUCAAGUGACGCCAAUCUAAAGAUUUGGGACAUCAGAAAGAAGGGAUGUAUACAGACGUACAAGGGUCAUACUCGUGGCAUCAACACUAUCAGAUUUACUCCUGAUGGUCGUUGGGUAGUGUCGGGAGGACUUGACAAUGUUGUAAAGGUAUGGGAUUUGACUGCUGGAAAGCUUUUGCAUGAAUUUAAGUUUCAUGAAGGACCUAUCAGUUCGCUAGACUUCCACCCACUCGAGUUCCUCCUAGCCACAGGUUCUGCAGACAGGACUGUAAAGUUCUGGGAUUUGGAAACGUUUGAAUUGAUUGGAUCUACCCGACCAGAGGCUACUGGAGUUCGUUCAAUCAAAUUUCAUCCGGAUGGGCGAACCCUUUUUUGUGGUUUGGAUGAUAGCUUAAAGGUUUAUUCAUGGGAACCAAUAGUUAGCCAUGAUGGUGUUGAUAUGGGAUGGUCAACGCUUGGUGACUUAUGCAUCAGCGAAGGGAAGCUCUUGGGUUGUUCAUACUACCAAAAUUCCGUAGGGAUUUGGGUGUCAGAUAUAUCGCAAAUCGAGCCAUAUGGCAUUGGAUCUGCGGAUAAAAAAGAAUGCGUGGAGAAAAUACUCAGUGCUCUGGACGAUCAGUCCUCUGAUAGAAUAAGGAGUAGCCCAAGGCGCAGCUCAUCCCCAGAUUACGAGACAAAAGAGAUAAAAAAUAUAUACAUCGACUCUGCAGGUGGAAAUUCAGCUGUUGCACAUAAGUCAGUAUCUCUAAUUACUCCGAAAGUCAAGGCAACUUCUACUGGACAAGAAGUGGACAAUAAAUCUCUCAUAUUGCAAAGUGUUGUACCAUGGGAUUGUGAUAUUGGGAAAGACUCUUCUGAUUCAGGAAAGGAAUCUAUCACUUUCGCAAAAACAAAACCAGGCAUGCUACUGAGACCGGCUCAUGUAAGAAAGACGCCAACAAAGUAUGAUGAGACCAAGCAGUCAGUGGCCGUUCAAUCUGAGAUUCCAAAGAAAAGUGCAUCGGACGAUGAGAAGAAGCUAGAUACUGAGACAGCAUUUGAUUCAGAAAGAAGUGUCAGGAAACCAUUUGAUGUUGACGAUUCUAUCAUCAAGAGUAUAACCAACAAGUUUGAACAAGCUUUAUUACCAGAAUCACCAACUGGUAUGCUGCUCAAACCACCUCGUGUACAGAGAUCACCAAGUACUAAAUUCAAUGAGGCAAGAUGUGCGGCAUCCGUUGAUUCUGGAGCUUUAGACAGUAAAUUGAGUGGGUUAGAGUCCCCAAAAGACAUAGACUUGCCAACAGGGCUUAAGGAUGACAGAGGUAGUAAUCCGUGUGAGGACGAUAUCGAUAACAAGAGCAUUUCAAGCAGGCCAGAAAGAGUUCUAUCACCAGAGAAAGCUGGUGGUGAACUAAAAAGCCUUGAAUACCCAGGAGGUAGCAAAGGAUCAAACUCUGUGAAGGUUGUUAGAGGAGUAAAAGUUGUUUCGGGAAGGACGCGGUCAUUGGUUGAGAGGUUUGAAAGAGGGGAAAAAACUACUCACUCUGAAGACAAAGCAGCCAGUGCAACAAUAGUUCAGAGCUCUGAUGCUGUAGAGGAAGAGUCCCAGACAGCAUCUGUACAGGCAGUUAGCACGACGCCCACCCAGGUAAUGCCAGUUAAACUUGAUCAGGCAACUAACUCAACGCCAGUUGAAGCUCCUGUGUUAUCAACACGACGAACUAGAAGUACUCCAGUCAGAGUAAUGCCUGUGGUACUCGGUCGAGACACUAAUAUGGCAACUGAUGCGCCUCCUGUAACAUUCUCCAGCUCCAGUCAUGCCUAUGAUACCCAAUGAGACAUCAAAAAUAAAAUCUGAUGAGCCUCCUGUAACAUCAACUCGACCUGAUAGGCCUGCAUCUACUGAUUUGAUAUCUGAUGAGUCUCCUGUAACAUCAACACGACAAGCUAAGACUUCUCCAGCCCUAGUUACGCCUGUGAUACUCAGUCAGCGUCAAAAAACUAACAUGAAAUCUGAUGAGCCUCCUGUAAUAUCAAGAAGACCACUUAGGACCUCUUCAGCGCGAGUAAUGCCUGUGAUACUCAAUCAAGCAUCUAACUCGUAUGAUGAGCGUCCUGUAUCAGCUUCACGAUCAGCUAGAAAUUCUCCAGCCCGUGUAAUGCCUAUGAAACUCAAUCAAGCAGAAAAUAUGCCAUCUUAUGAGCCCCAAGUUGCAUUAACACGAUCAGCUAGGAACCAUGCCCGUGUAAUUCCUGGGAGAAACAACCAAGCAAGUAACUUGGCAUCUAAUGCAUCUCAUAUAAGAUCAAGGCAGCGAUAUAGCCCAACUCAAACGCUGGCAACACCUGCAGUACUUGAUCAUGUGACUGAUAUGACACUGGAUGAGGCAUAUAUAACGGAAACUCAACCAGCUUGUGAUAUUUUAACCCAGGAGGAAGAGCCUCAGAUAUCUGGGAGGGAAAAUGAUGGUGACAUUUGGGAGACUUUAAUGGAAACUCAUAAUGAAGUUUUAAACACUCUUCAAUCAAGGUUAACAAAAUUACAGAUUGUAAGACAUUUUUGGGAACGAAGUGAUAUUAAAGGUGCGAUCAUGGCCUUGAGAAAGCUGUCAGAUCACUCUGUUCAAGCAGAUGUGAUCAGUAUUCUAACUGACAAAACAGAGAUUUUAACAUUGGAUCUGUUUUCUCAGUUAGCACCCGUCCUCACAGGUUUGUUGGGCAGCAGGACUGAGAGGCCUGUAAAUGUCUCCUUGGAAAUGCUCUUGAAGCUUGUGGCAGUGUUUGGUACAGUUGUACAAUCAACUGUUUCAGCACGACGAGUCGUUGGCGUUGAUCUUCAUGCCGAAGAAAGGUUACAAAUCUGCCAAAGUUGUUCUGCGGAAUUGCAAAAGGUUCACAAGAUUCUUCCACUACUCACAAGGCGAGGUGGUCUCAUAGCAAGAAAGGCUCAAGAACUAAACCUAGUUCUUCAAACACCUUAGCUCCAGAUUCAGAUUCUCAGAUUCAGGCCUCUCUGUGACUUCUCCAUUUUGUACAUUAUGAAGAAACUGUCUUCAUGUUCCUUCAGGCGAUUUUGCAUCUGUUGCGUUGAAGACUCGCCGAACAGUCACAGUUUCUUGUGGCGGAUUUUGCGCCUGGGAAGAACACUGCGAAAAAUCGGUAUAUGCUGUAAAUCAAUCUAUGUCUGGGUUUAAAGUUGUUGUCCUUCUUUAGAUUCGUGAUUCAGUGAAUCUCAAAUGUUUAGCGAAAAUGGCAAUUACAAACGUCUCUCUCUUCAUGUGAAUGUAAUAUGCAAUCUUAAUGAGAAGACACCAUCAGUAUAUGAAUAUCAUUUGGCAAUCUA